GAGCCGCCGCGGAGCCUGCCGCGCCCCGGGCCAUGCAGCCGCCGCCGCCGCGGUGGCCGCUUCUGUGGCUGCCGCUGCUGCUGUUCUGCGCCGCGGCGCCCCCUCCAGACCCUCUUUCCCAGCUGCCUGCGCCCCAACACCCGAGGAUGCGCCUGUACAACGCCGAGCAGGUGCUGAGCUGGCAGCCCGUGGUCCUGAGCAGCAGCGCGCGGCCGGUGGUCUACCGGGUGCAGUUUAAAUACACUGCUAGUGAGUGGUUUGAGGUCACCCCCGAGUCGAUAGGGGUCAACUGUACACAGAUCACAGCGACAGAGUGCGACUUCACCAUGCCUGGCCUCUCCAAGGGCUUCCCGAUGGAUUUCAAUAUCGCUCUGCGCCUUCGAGCUGAGCUGGGAGAACUCCAUUCUCCCUGGGUGGCAAUGCCUUGGUUUCAACACUAUUUGAACGUUACUGUUGGGCCUCCAAAAAACAUUCGGUUGACCCCAGGAGAAGGCUCCCUCAUCAUCAGCUUCUCCCCUCCCUUUGAUGUCGAUAUUGCCACGGCCUCUUUUUCGUAUUACGUCCAUUACUGGGAAAAAACAGGAAUCCAACAGGUUAAAGGCCCUUUUAAGAGCAACUCCAUUUUGCUGGAUGAUUUAAAACCCUUCAGAGUAUACUGCUUACGAGUCGAGGCACAGCUGUUUCUGACAAAAAACAUCAUCAGACCCGGGCAAUUAAGCAACAUAUCUUGCCACGAAACAACAGCAGACGCCUCCACCAAGCUUCAGCAAAUCAUCCUGAUCUCUGUGGGAACCUUUUCACUGCUGUUGGCCCUGGCAGGGGCCUGUUUCUUCCUGGUCCUGAAAUACAGAGGUCUGGUUAAACACUGGUUCCGCACUCCCCCCAGCAUCCCGGCCCAGAUAGAAGAGUAUUUAAAGGACCCGGCUCAGCCCAUCUUAGAGGCCUUAGACAAGAACAGCUCACCAAAGGACGAUGCCUGGGACUCUGUAUCCAUCAUGAUAUUUCCGGAAAAGGAGCAAGAAGAUGUUGUCCAGACACUUUGAACCAAAGCACUGGUCCAGCCUGCCAGCUCCCGGGAAGAGGAUGUUGAGCCAGUGAAGCUGCUGAUAUUCCUUCUGGACGUUUCAGACGCCGGGUACUCCAUAUUCCUGCCUCGAAAACAUCUUCAGGGCCCCGUGAGAGAUGGCAGGUCUCAUGGAGGAGACAGGCUUGUUUUCUUUUUCUUUAAAAUAAGAAUUUUCUAAAUCAUACAUUUCUAGAACAAUUCUAUGGAGAUAUCCUAGAAAAAUUAAGGCUUCUCUUAAACACUAAAAAGGCAUGUAUUUAUUCUCAGCAAAAUGGAUACUGUACGGCUCUGAUAUCUUUUUCAGUAUUGGUUGAACUGGCAGUCAGGAAACCGAGUCCUUUCCUCAACUCUGGCAAAUGAGCCCGGCGCCUCGGGCAGGUCACAUAAACCUGUCCCAGCCUGUCCCAGCGAAGGACACUGAGCAGCUCUUCGUGUACAGUCCGCUGGCUUGAAAUGUGAUUAAUCCUGUAAAUAUUUUCCUAGUAAUUUAAGUUUUGUUUUUAAGCUAGAAAUAAAAGAUUGUAAACUUUUUAAAA